CUCUCUCUCUUCUUUUCCUUUUUCUCUCCCUUCUCUCUUGAUUCUGCCUCCCUUCUUCGGCGUUUCGUUUGUUUUGAUUAGAAGCCUUUGAGCUUCCGAGGUUUUGAUGCUUGAGUUGUUGGGCUCCCCGGCCGCUCAAGCAUGUUGGAGUCGAUUUGUGCUCCCUCCUUCGAUGACCCUUUAGGGUCUGUCGGUUUCUGGAUCCGGCGGCCUUCUUUCUCCUCCGGUGAAUCUGAGACGACGCACGCGAGGGCAUCCAGAUCUGACGCCCACCGCGACUCUCCUGCUGGUUCUGAGGGACUUCCGCCGCCAGAUCGAGUGAUCGCCCAGCAUCUUGGAGUCUGGUGCUAUUUCUUCAAGGAUUCGGCGACCCUUGGCUCUUUCCUAUUGAUCUUGGUAGGGGCUCGUUGGUUUUUUCUUUUGUUCUGUUUGGUGCAGAUCCGACGGCCUUCUUUCUCCUCCAGUGAAUCUGAGGCGACACACGCGAGGGCAUCCAGAUCUGACGCCCACCGCGACUCUCCUGCUGGUUCUGAGGGACUUCCGCCGCCAAAUCGAGUGAUCGCCCAGCAUCUUGGAGUCUGGUGCUAUUUCUUCAAGGGUAGAUAGAAGGGUGUCUCGUAUGGAUCGGUCGACCAAAGACCGUGGUAUUUUUGAGGUCGUUCGUGGUUGUUCGAGUGCUGAGUGCACUUCCCUUCAGCCUCUCGAUAUGGGUCUACUCUGAUCUUUUGUUCCAGUUGUUUUUACUAUUUGUUAUCUUUGUAGAUGCUGUAUGGCGGUCUUUGUAAUGAAAUGAUUCCAUUAUC